CCCUGCUACUUGGGAGUUGGUCCUCAAGUGCGCUAAACGGAGAUCGUAAGUGAGUCAUGUGCCCAUGCAAGGCCGCAUCGCGCACGAGGACCAAAACAGUAAAUAAUAACGUCAGUAAAAAAACAACAGUGAUCUCUUAUCAUUCUUACUGCACGUUGAAUCAUCGUAUCGCUUAAGUGUAAAUUGAAUGAUAUUGUUUAAAAGUAUAACAUUCGAUAUUGGCCAUCCUCGAUUAAAAUGUGUGAUGAAGGACAAAGUUGUGAUCAAGUUGAAGAUGAUCAAACUGACUUUCGAUUGUCUUUAUUGGAUCUUCCAAUCGAGAUAUUUCUCCAUAUCUGCUCCUUCCUAGAUGCAUCUACCUUAGUACAUGGUUUGAGCUUAGUUUGUAAACAAUUUAAUGAUGUUUUAAAGGACGACUCACUAUGGAAAGUGAGAAUUAGCCACAUGUGUCCAUAUACGGAUUACCCAAUUUUGUCUCCUGAUGAAGAUAAUGAACUGUUUUGGAAGUUAUCCUGUGUCGCAUUGGAAAAACAAACUUCAUUAUGGAGGAAAGAAGAUUCCAUAGAAAAACUGUCUCUUAGCAAUGUACAGUAUAGUACUAUUGAUGGUUUGCUAUUAAUGCAGAAUGGAAGUAUUUGUAUAUCUGGAGCAAGAGAUCGAUCUUUAGUAUGUUGGAAGCUUCCUGGAGAAGGCAGUGAAAAAGAAAAUGUUACACGGGUAGACUUAGCUCACGAUGGAUGGAUUUGGGACUUAACAUCAAUAGAUAAUAUAGUUUACAGUUGCGGUUGGGACCAAAGUGUUAAAGCGUGGAGACUUACAAACACUGGUCUUGUCAAGUUCAUGACUUAUGACAUGAUCGUCACUGGCGCCCUAUUGUGUAUCACAUCGUGCCCGGAUUUAGACCUCUUCGCUACAGGAUCAUCUUGUAAAAGUGUAUUAGUAUACGACGCAAGAAGGGGUUACAGCCCGAUUGCAAGGUACGAACCGCAUAAAAUGGCUGUUGUUACAUUGGCCAUGAACUCCCAGUUUAUUCUAUCUGCCAGUGAAGACAAGACAGUAUCUGUAUGGGAUCAAAGAGCAAGAAAGACUAUAAACAACAUUACUAUUUCGCACACAAGAUUCCCCAUGCGUAUAUUUAUGCAAAAAGACAUAGUUUAUGUAGGAGACAAUAGGUCAUAUUUGCACAUACUGGAUCCAAAAAAAGAUUUUAAAGUGGUGAAGUGGUACCCCACUGGACAUAGAAAAGCUAUUAGUGGUGUACAUGUUGCACCAGGAUGUUUGAUCACCAGUUCCACGGAUGGGACAGUUAGAAUCGCUACUCCCACAGAUCCUCCGCGACACCUUGUUACUUUAGACUCUAACUAUGGCGAAAUAGCUAGUAUUGAUUAUUCAAAUGAAGUACUGGCUGUUUCUGGUACAGAGGGAAUUGAAAUUUGGAGACCCAAAUAAAUUUUGAUAAACAACUGCUAAAAUGUCAAUAACAAAUUACU